ACGUACGCGCCAACAACCUCAUCGGCUCUUUUUAAAAAAAAAAAAAAUCUCGUCGGCAAUGGCGCGCUCCAGAGUCUCGAUCAUGCCGUCGCCGGUGCUCCUGUUGAUCGUGGCCGUCGCCGCGCUCGUCUCGGCGUGCGCGGCAGACCCGGAGCCGGUGCAGGACUUUUGCGUGGCGGCGGCCACCAACGGCUCGGCCGACCAUCCAUCGUACCCGGGGUUCCCGUGCAAGCCGGCGUCGGCGGUGGUCUCCGACGACUUCUUCUUCGCGGGGCUGGCGCGCUCGGGCGCCGCCGACGCGGCCGAGAGCCCGUUCGGGUCCAGCGUCACGUCCGGCAACGUGGCGGCCUUCCCGGGGCUCAACACGCUCGGCGUCUCCAUCAACCGCGUCGACCUCGCCCCCGGCGGCGUCAACCCGCUCCACAGCCACCCGCGCGCCGCCGAGCUCGUGCACGUCGUCACCGGCCAGAUGCUCGUCGGGUUCGUCAGCACCGCCGGCACCUUCUACUCCAAGGUGGUGCGGGAGGGCGAGAGCUUCGUCAUCCCGCGCGGCAUGGUGCACUUCCAGUUCAACACCGGCAAGGAGGCCGCCAGGGCCGUCACUGUGUUCAACAGCCAGCUCCCCGGAGUUGUCCUUGCCGCGCCGUCGCUCUUCGGCGCCGACCCGGAGAUCCCCGACGCCGUCCUCUCCAAGAGCUUCCAGGUCGACGGCGAGAUCAUCAAGCUCCUCAAGUCCAAGUUCCGGACUUAAAAAACGACGCACGAGCUUCACGGUCGAAGCUGCCUGUUGUUAGCUUGAUUGGUUUAUUGUUACACAUAUACACUGUACACCAGUAAAUACGGACACCUAAAGUUGUUCACUGUUUCAUGUAAUUUUGAUUGGAUAUUAAAUGCGCCAAUAAAAUUUAAGGUUUU